UUGACGCCCUGCCUUUAUAAAUACUGUAAACGUGCAACACAAAGUUAACAAACUUGCAUAGACUACAUUUGUACAUAACGCCCAUGAUAUGAACUUGCACGUACUUGACCUGCGCCCCGAAUGUACCUCGUACCAUAAAAACAAAUUCUCAUAAUUCCACUACUACAUGUACAUAUGCGGUUGUGAUACUGCCGAGCUGUACGCCGCGACAAAAAGAUGGCUGGCCACUCUGAACUUGCACUCAUCUUAUUUGCAUAACAACUAUGAAUAAUUCAACAAAAUCAAGUUGGGAAAGGCCUCGUGGCUUUGCCACUCGUGCGUGCUGACUUAAUCUUUGCUCCAGUCGCUUCGGGUCUUCGCAACUCCGCCGCUCUUAAGCCACGAUGGCCUGGGCGAAAGGCUAUGGAUGACUCCGCUAGCAAUAACGGCAACUUUCGUGUCAGCGUCACGUUUUGUCAGGAAAUGUGUUCCUAAGGGCAUCCCAAAGUCAUUAAACUGUGGCUGCGUGAUUAAAGUUACUGCUAUGUGUUACGUGGUAUGGAUACGUGAUACACUUAACGUCAUUCGUCAUCAGUAAUGUUGAAGUCAACUGGAACUUUGAAGUAUCAUUAUAUCCUACAAACAUAGCUGGGCCAUUAGGCUAGAAAUAUAUUUCAGACCAAGGCUACAUACAGCAGUUAGUUGCAAACUGGAAUAGUUAAGUUCACCAUGGCGCAACGGGAAAACUUGAACGUUUCACUGUGCCCCCUUCACACCCGCCAAGACCUGAUCGAGUCAUGUGCCGAGCUUAUAAAAAUCACGUGGCCGUGCAGCAAACCAGAGAGACUGCACCGAAUGGCGGCAGAGGAGACCAGCGGCUUGCCAUGCUGUCUAGUCCUCAUCGAGCACAGGGAGGACGCCCCGGAUGUCGUCGUUGGACAUGUACGGUUAGUUACUGUGACGAGUCCUGAAACGCCGCGAAGUGCAUACUUGGAGGCCAUCUGUAUACAUCCAUCCAAGCGAGGUCUAGGGCUUGGGUACAAAAUGAUGAAGCUUGCCGAGCGUUAUGCAUACGACAACUUGGGAUGUAAGCAAAUGUUCUUACUGUGUCUAGCAACCACACUGGGUUUCUACGAACGGCUUUCGUAUCAGCUGUAUCCAGUUUUGAAACUUGAAACAGAGGGCAUCAACUUGCUGUCGCAUUCCCCCAAAUUUGCUACUUGGUACGGAAACAAGCCCCUGAAAGGCUGGGAGUUCGUGUACAGUGACGGCCCGUGUGCCUCUAAAGAAGUCAUGAAACGGAGAGCAUUCGGCCAACUGACGCUGAGGAAAUACUUGACUGACUCAUAGUGAACUUUUGAACUUGAUAUAGCGGAUACGCAUGUUUGGAUAAAAAAAAAAUGAUAGUGCAUGGUGUACGAUGUCCUUCAUAUAUGAAAAGGAUUAUGGUUAAAGAAUGUUAAUGGGGUCAUGAUAAAUUGUACGGUCACUACAGUCUCCUGGCUAGUACUAGGUCGAACGUUUCUCUUAAACUCUUUUAUUUCAAGUUUUGUUUUGUGAAUAGACAAAGAAACUUUCCUUGAUUUCGUAUUUGGACUGUGUUUGGAGUUUUAAACUAUAUUUAUUAGUAACAAACAGUAGUUUCACGAAUGGACUUUAAGGCAGGUUCACUUUUUAUGUAGCCUAGCAGUCUAUAGUUUUCUUCAUGUCUCGAUUUCAAGCCAAAAAAAAGACUUCAAACUGAUAUAGUUCGGAAAUAAUUUGCUAAGUUUCAAAAACGGUUGCCUUUUUGGAUUUGUUUAAACAUAAGUUCGAUCCCAUUUGAUAUCUUUUCAACAGCAUGAUACAAGACAAUAAUUUCACAUGUAAAAUAAUGUGCUUUCAAACAUUUUAUCA